AUGAAGAAGAUGCUGAAGAACUGUUUUUGUUGCACUUUUAAAGAAGAUCAAGAUCCAAAGAUUAGUCCCCAAAAGAAUAGGGAUUACCCGUGGAAUAUGUACACCCUCAAAGAACUAGUGCACGCCACCAACAGUUUUCAUAACGACAACAAGAUAGGUGAAGGAGGGUUUGGGAGUGUUUAUUGGGGUCGAACAAGUAAAGGCGCCGAGGCAAUCCAUUUGGCUGUGAAACGGUUAAAGUCCAUAAACGCAAAAGCAGAAAUGGAAUUCGCUGUUGAGGUGGAGAUUCUUGGGAGAGUUAGACACAAGAAUUUGUUGGGACUACGAGGAUUCUAUGCUGGGGGAGAUGAAAGGCUUAUAGUCUAUGACUAUAUGCCUAACCACAGCUUGCUUACUCACCUCCAUGGCCAACUUGCAGCUGAUUGUCUCCUAGAUUGGUCACGAAGGAUGAACAUAGCCAUCGGGUCAGCUGAAGGGUUAGCGUAUUUGCAUCAUGAAGUGACUCCUCAUAUAAUCCAUAGAGACAUAAAAGCCAGCAACGUACUUUUAGAUUCGGACUUUCAAGCGAAAGUUGCUGAUUUUGGAUUCGCGAAACUGAUACCAGAUGGGGUGACUCAUAUGACAACGAAGGUGAAGGGAACCCUAGGGUACCUUGCACCCGAGUAUGCCAUGUGGGGAAAGGUCUCAGAAAGCUGUGAUGUGUACAGCUUUGGAAUAUUACUACUUGAGAUCAUAAGUGCAAAAAAGCCAUUAGAGAAGCUCCCUGGAGGUAUCAAGCGUGAUAUCAUACAAUGGGCAACUCCGUUUGUACAAAAGGACACAUAUGAACACAUUGCUGACCCUAGAUUGAAGGGUAGGUUUGAUCUUGUGCAACUAAAGGUUGUGGUCAAGAUCGCCUUGGCUUGCACGGAUAGUAAUCCAGAGAAUCGGCCAAGCAUGAUAGAGGUCGUGGAAUGGUUGAAGAGUGGCGUUGGUAGUCGGAGGAAAGAUAUACGCAUCGUUAAAGAUCAUGUCGAUGAAACCGAAGAUGAUGAAGAUUUUGGUGAUGAUGAUACUGAUGAUUAUGAAACGUUUGAUAUGAAGAAACAUUCCGGUAGGGUUCCAAGAAUGCCAUCAAGAACACGAUGA